AGAUGUUACUGAAUCUUCCUCCUACACUUCCACCAUCUUAUGACCUCUGGCUGGACAGGAACGGACGAGCAGGAGAGUCUUGGAUGUCAACGCCUGACAAACUCUUGAGACCAGCUACCAAACCACGAACAGUGAUUUUCUUUCUGAGUCUUCCCUCCGGCCCUUCCGAUGGAAGCAGAAACAGGGAGCAGCACCAUGGAGACUGGAAAGGGGACCAACCGAGGCAUUCGAAUUGCACUGGCCCUGUUCAUUGGUUGCACCCUGGUGUUGGGCACGCUGCUCUUUCUAGUGAGUCAAGGUCUCCUAAGCUUCCAAGCUAAACAGGAGUACUGCCUGAAGCCAGAGUGCAUAGAAGCCGCUGCUGCCAUCAUGAGCAAAGUAAAUCUUUCUGUGGAUCCCUGUGAAAAUUUCUUCCGGUUUGCUUGUGAUGGCUGGAUAAACAAUAACCCAAUUCCUGAAGAUAUGCCAAGCUAUGGGGUUUAUCCUUGGCUGAGACACAAUGUUGAUCUCAAGUUGAAGGCACUUCUGGAGAAAUCAGUCAGUCGAAGGCGGGACACUGAAGCUGUACAGAAAGCCAAAAUCCUUUAUUCAUCCUGCAUGAAUGAGAAAGCAAUUGAAAAAGCAGACGCCAAGCCACUGCUCCACAUCUUGCGGCAUUCACCUUUCCGCUGGCCUGUGCUUGAAGCUAAUAUUGGUCCUGAAGGGGUUUGGUCAGAGAGAAAAUUCAGUCUACUGCAAACGCUUGCAACAUUCCGUGGUCAAUACAGCAAUUCUGUGUUCAUCCGUUUGUAUGUGUCUCCUGAUGACAAGGCGUCUAAUGAACAUAUCUUGAAGUUGGACCAAGCAACACUCUCCCUGGCUGUGAGGGAAGACUUCCUUGAUAACAGUACUGAAGCCAAAUCUUAUCGGGAUGCCCUUUAUAAGUUCAUGGUGGACACUGCAGUGCUUUUAGGAGCUAAUAGCUCUCGAGCUGAACAUGACAUGAAGUCAGUGCUUAGAUUGGAAAUUAAGAUAGCUGAGAUAAUGAUUCCACAUGAAAACCGAACCAGUGAGGCUAUGUAUAACAAAAUGAAUAUCUCAGAACUGAGUGCUAUGAUUCCCCAGUUUGACUGGCUGGGCUAUAUCAAGAAGGUCAUUGAUACCAGACUCUACCCACACUUGAAAGACAUCGGCCCCUCGGAGAAUGUGGUGGUCCGCGUCCCACAAUACUUUAAAGAUUUGUUUAGGAUACUAGGCUCUGAGAGGAAGAAAACCAUUGCCAACUAUUUGGUGUGGAGAAUGGUUUAUUCCAGAAUUCCAAACCUAAGCAGGCGCUUUCAAUAUAGAUGGCUGGAAUUCUCAAGGGUAAUCCAGGGGACCACAACUCUGCUGCCUCAGUGGGACAAAUGUGUUAACUUUAUCGAAAGUGCCCUCCCUUAUGUUGUGGGGAAAAUGUUUGUGAAUGUUCACUUCCAGGAAGAUAAGAAGGAGAUGAUGGAAGAAUUGAUUGAGGGUGUUCGCUGGGCCUUUAUUGACAUGCUGGAGAAAGAAAACGAAUGGAUGGAUGCAGGGACAAAAAGAAAAGCUCAAGAAAAGGCAAGAGCUGUUUUGGCAAAAGUUGGCUAUCCAGAAUUUAUAAUGAAUGAUACUCAUGUUAAUGAAGACCUCAAGGCAAUCAAAUUUUCAGAAUCGGACUACUUUGGCAAUGUACUGCAAACCCGCAAGUAUUUAGCACAGUCUGAUUUCUUCUGGCUAAGAAAAGCUGUUCCCAAAACAGAGUGGUUUACCAAUCCAACAACAGUUAAUGCCUUUUACAGUGCAUCGACCAACCAGAUACGAUUUCCAGCUGGUGAGCUGCAGAAGCCUUUCUUUUGGGGAACAGAAUACCCUCGAUCCUUGAGUUAUGGUGCUAUAGGAGUAAUUGUUGGACAUGAAUUUACACAUGGAUUUGAUAAUAAUGGUAGAAAAUACGACAAAAAUGGAAACCUUGAUCCUUGGUGGUCUGCGGACUCAGAAGAAAAGUUUAAGGAAAAAACAAAGUGCAUGAUUAACCAGUACAGCAGCUAUUACUGGAAGAAAGCUGGCUUAAAUGUGAAAGGGAAGAGGACCCUGGGAGAAAAUAUUGCUGAUAAUGGAGGUCUACGAGAAGCUUUUAGGGCUUACAGGAAAUGGAUAAAUGACAGAAGACAGGGAGUUGAAGAGCCUCUCCUACCAGGCAUCACAUUCACCAACAACCAGCUCUUCUUCUUGAGUUAUGCUCAUGUGAGGUGCAAUUCCUACAGACCAGAAGCUGCCAGAGAACAAGUCCAAAUUGGUGCUCACAGUCCUCCACAAUUUCGGGUCAAUGGUGCCAUUAGCAACUUUGAAGAAUUUCAGAAAGCUUUUAACUGUCCAAAGAAUUCCACCAUGAACAGAGGCGUGAAUUCCUGUCGACUCUGGUAGCUGGAGUGCUGCUUUCUACUGUCCUGACAGAGCUGAGGAGUGCCAGUAGAGGUGGCUCUGAUGUACUCAGCACCCACUGCUUUCUGCCUUUAUUUCACUGAGGACUUUUAUUUUUAAUGCAUUUUCAUUAUUUGGGUAGAUGACUUGCUUGGAUCUAAACAGUAUCUGUUCAAAGUCCGUGGGCUUAUAAAAGAAUUCAAAAACUGAACCAAAUAUAUUUCAUUAGAAAGCCAAACCAAUGAAAACAAAUGUCAAAGCUACUUGGUUAAACUGGCAUCCCUAUUAUCUGUUUUGGUUAGCCACAGCUAGGUGGUACAUAGAAUUUCAAUCUGUAGCUUUGCAGGGGACCUGAGUAGAGUGUAUCCAUAGAAAGGAUCAGUCUAUGAAAAUUGUCACCCUCAGUGAUGAAGAUGUAUGCUCUGUGGUGUGCAAUCAAUAUGUAGUAUUUCUUAUUUCUAAAGGUAGUUAAAUUAGAAAUUUGUUGGAUCUCUAUUUUAUAAUUUCUGAUAAAGUUUUUCCCUUCAGUUUUGGAAAAUUGUAUCUCAGAACUUAUAUCCAAUGUAACUAACCAUUUAAGUCAGCAUGAACAAAGAUGGCACAUAGUCCGUUAGGCAAAAGAUUUGGGGUUUAUAAAAUAGGGGGAAGGGAUGGAUCUUUAACUGCCAGCAGUAUUAAAAAAUAACAACAAAACUAGCCACAUAACAACAAAGGUUCUAGGAAAUGAACUCUCCAGAUGUUGGUCUAGUCCCUAUGAAGCUCCAUCUAUUUGGUGGAUACCAGUCAUGGAGCAGUUCCUGUUUUGUUUUGGCAUGCUCAGGUGUAUCUCCUAACUCUGAACUGAGCAGACACUGAGAAAAGAAUGUUUUGUUUCCAUGUCAGGAACAUAUGGCUUUCAUUCCCUUUAGUCCAACUAUAUAAACACCACACUGAGGAGGGAGUAAACGCUCUUCCAUCUCAGCCCACUUAAUGUUCCAUCUCUGUAAAAGAAAAUCCCUUUCAAAAACUUCUAGAAAGAAUCCAAUUUAAAAAAUCCUGCCUAGAUCUAAGGGACACAAAUUUACUUUUUAAGUCUUAUGAAGGGUUUAUUUUUUUAAAAAAGCAGUACUGUAUUUUGAUCCUUAGAGCAUUAUUGUUUUAAUCAGCACUUUUAGUGUUAAUUAACUUAGUGUAUAUGUAUGUAGGAUAAAAUUGUUAUCACAUUUAAGAGUGUGUGUAGGAUGAAAUUGUAAUGGCAUCCCAGUGGCUACUUUGUUUUCUUGUUUAUUUUUAUUUUUAGUUAGUAUAGGCAUUUUCCCUACCCCAUCGCAUUAUUCAUUGUACAUGGGGUGCUGGGUUAAGUGGGCCAACAGAAAUAUUUCAAAAGCAAAAUGACAAAUUCAGAUGAACCACAGGAGGUCAUUUUGUAUCCUUGUGACUUGUCAUUCUUUGGCAAAAAAAAUAUAAGUGGGAGCCACGUCCUUUUGUAACCAUGGGAACUUCCGAAGGGAAAAAAAUGGAAGGGCACCAUCACGAGGAAAACAAUUACACUGCAUUAGUCCGAGGAGAGUGAUUUUCCCCUUGACUUCCUCCUCUCUGAAUGGAUACACUUCUGAAGGGCAGCAGCCUUUUCCUCCUCUUAACCAUGGUUUAAUGUGACCUUGAUUUGUAUUUCUAAAAACAAGCAGUAUUAUUUCAGGUGUUAGAAGUAUAUGUGCUUUUUCUCUGGUGUAAGCAUUCUGAUUUGAUAAUCCUCAUUUUAUUCCUGUACUUGGACACUUAAGAAGAGCUGAAGUUUGUCAUGAUUAUAUAAAUAGUGCAUUCCUUCUACAUUUCCUUUUUAAAAAUUCCAAAGAAACACAUUCCUGCAGGUCAGAGAGAGUGUUUGAUAAAGCUAUAGAAUUAAGACUUUUGAAAUGGUAUUGGCAUUUGUUGGUUAAGGACAACAAGCUAGUGAUUAGUUGGAGCUCUCCCAGUUUCUGGAUGGCAGGACUAAGUAACUUGGUGUAACUUAGUUUAUCAAGAGAUACAGAAUCACUUCUAGUAGCCACACACAUUUUCUACAAGAACUAGGUUUCCAAAUGUUUCGGUUUAACCCUCCAAAUUACAGUAUUGUUCUUCUUUGUGAGACUGAUUUCUUAAAGAAAUAGACACCAAUUAAGUUGUAGUGAGAAGGUCAGACAUACCUGGAGGGAUGGAAGAAAAGCAGGAGAGCCACAAAGGCUUAAAAAUAAUUAUGGAAAAUCAAAAGGGAAUGAAAUAUUGGCUCUCAGGCUAGGGCUGCAACAACACACUGCUCUGAGUCAUAGAACAGCUCUUCGGCAAGUGGACUAUUAACUGAGCAUUUGAAGGAAGGAGGUUUUCUUUUUUAUGUGUGGGAUAUUCUCUUGUGUGAGUCAAGGAUUCUGUGUAUUGAAAGCUGUGGUGUUUGGCCUUACUACCAUUGCCCAAAGUUUGCUGAGCUUUUCACCAAGCACUCAGCAUAGGCCUUCAAUCCCCCCACCCCCCAUUUAUGAGAUGGAUUGGGACAUGACUGAUAGAUGCAAGCUCAGAAUUCGUAAAGUAUCCUCCAGCUUAUUUAGUGCCUUACCUCGAUGGAGCUUAAAGCAUAGCCCAUAAAUUUUACCUUAUUUAGCCCUGGAGCAUCGCGGAGAAGAAACGAAGAACUAUGGCUUGCCAGACAGAUGGUGCUCAUGCUAGAGAACUGGGAAGGCUUAAAAUUGCUUGUCAAAUAUCUCACAGCCUGGACAGAUAGUCUUUGUGCUUUGGGCUUCUGACCUUUGGAUUAACUUGCAUCUCUUAGAUUAUUAUCUUUCUUAAUAUGUUUAUUCAACCCGUAUUUCUAAAAUUGCUUAGUAUCUAGUAGCCACCACCUUUGAUAUUUUGAACAUAAUGUCUCAGUUGCAUUUUAAAUCAUGGAAGAAUACAUGAUUGUUUCAUAGACUAACAUCCUUAUCAGCAGUGGCACUACCCUAUUGUUUUGAAAAAAGAUGUUUUCAGAUUGUGCAUUUAAAGAACAAAUCUAUGUGGUCACCAGCAGACUAGUGGUUGUGAUUUUUUUCCUUUGUGAAACAAUGAGAAUCAUCAUUGCAAGGACAAUAAAACAUUGGUUAAAGGUU